GCACAAGCGAGGACCCCCUAAAAGGAGCAGCUACACAAUGAAUUUACGAUAUCAGGAAACGUUUUGUAUCAUAUUUUUACUAUGCACCAGUAUUACCCUCGCAGAAGACUUUGACUUUGUGCCGGAACCGAGCGAAGAUGUGGAGCCGAUAGCAGCGGAACCGCUGAGUGUAGAUAGCCAAUCGAAACUAAUUCAUCCAAAGGCCGAUGUCCGCUGUCCGCCGACCGAGAGCACGAUCAAACUUAGCCUGAUACUUCGGACCAAGAGCUGGAAGCAUGUACAGACCAGCCUGAAGCAACGCACAAUCAGUAAGCUGGCCGCAUAUUUCCUAGUCCCAGAGGAAUCUUUCAUUGUUCUAGAUGCGAAAAGUAACGACCUGCAGCAGAUGGUGGAGAAGGCCCUACGUCACGGCAAGAAACCUUCGCUACAGGCUGGUACAUUUCUCGGCUGGAUUGGAUUUCCGAUUGGAUGUGGAGAGAAGAUGUCAGCGAGCGCUAAGAAAACGGUACGAAAUCUGAACAACCAGCUGCCCGAGCUUCGUGACAUCACCGGUAUGGACUUUGGCUCGUGGAUCAUCUGGAAGGAUGGUGCAGGUGAUGAGAAGGCGUCCCGGAUGAAGCGUGAAGUUGAUGCAGAUGAUGAUUACUACGAUUACGACGACGACGAAGAUGCAACAGAUGAUGAUGAAGGAGAACCAACCGAAGUUCCUCAUGUUCACCGACACCAUCACGGUUCCAGCGAGUAUAGCACCAAGAGUGCCCACAGCGCACCAACACACGCCACUAACAAGCAUACUAACAGCGAUGGGCAUGUGUCGGAAAAGCAUCAUCAUCAUCCUACUCAUCACCAACAUCAGCAACAUCAUCCUACCCACCAUGUCAACGGUGGAAAGGUGAGCACGGAGCAUGGCCGUGGUGGAACGUCGGAGUACCGGAAGUCUCCGGUAAUGGUAUCGGUGACAUCACCAGUCACCAUCGCUGCCACAACCCAAACGGCACCGAAACGCAAACACAGCCACGGUCUGUACGAUCAGGUAAAGGAACGGUCCGCAAAAAAGCAAGCAGCCGAGCGAACCCACAAAACAGUCACGGCACCCUCAACAUCUUCCCUGGACACCUUCACACCGCCCGAUUUGCGUGAAAGCGUUUCCCAGCUCGAGUCCACCAUCAGCAAAACGAUCGCCAACAACGAACAGCUUAAAAAGGACGAAGAAACGCUGCUCGCCCACAAGUCAAAGCACAAGCGAAUCGAUAUCGAGCGCAUUGUCGAGACGGAGCUACUGCUGCCGGAAAUCGAACGGCUGCAGGACGAAGUGUUCCGGGACGAUUACGUGAUCGAAGAUGUGGUGCGGCCAAAGUUUUACGAUUUCAGUACCGAACCGGACCAGGUGGUGCCGGAUGAGGUUGGGAAAUUUGUUCCACUCGAGCCGGAAGUUGAGGUUGGCAAACCGUUCACCUCAACCGUCAGUGUGAACCGAUCAACCGUAAAGCCAACGACCACCACCGGUAGGCCACCAGUUGUCGUCGUGCCGAUUGAGCAAGGUGCGGCUACAUCCCCAAUCACUACCACUACCUCAAAGGCCAUUCCUCUGACGACAGCUAGCGAACGAACAACGGCUACUUUCUUACCUUCGCCAACCGUACCGAUGCGACAGUCGGAUGAAGUCGUAACCACAAAGCCGAUGGAUCCACAUCCGGCUAUCACACCGGUGGUCAGCUCGAUUGAUGCGAACGAGGAUGCUCCAUCCCGAUCGGACACAACUUCAACCACAAUCGGCACGACGACGAGCUUUGUCCCCGUUACGCCACCUCUUCCUGUUGUCUCAACGGCCGAGUCCUCGAAUUCUCCGAGCAAUCAAGCUCAACCGGCAACAAGUACUACGACCCUAACCACAACGCUCACUAAAGCUAAGAUGGUGGCAACGGAAUCGAUGGAUUUGCCAACACCUGCAACAACCAUACCGGUGACUACAACUACCAUCACCUCCACUACCACCACGGCCUCCACCACCAAGGGGACAACGAAUUCGAUUGUAACCGCGUCCGCUUCUGCUACUAACACUCGCAACUCCACUAACAUUGUCGCUUCCGUUCCAUUGGUGAAGAACGAUGAUGAAGCCACAACAGCUUCAAGCACCAUCCAAACCACCACCACGAUCGAUGUGACCGAGAAGAGUUCGAUCGCAACAACUGCGAGUCCCUCGUCCAUUGAGUCCUCACCCUUACCGACGACAACUGUACCAUCUGCCGCACUUACUUCAACAUCUGCCAGCUCGUGGAACGUGGAACUGGACGUAGACGAGCCCGAAGAAAGUUUCGAAGCGAAGCAACAGUACGUCGAUGAGGUAGACUCAAAGUUAUCGACAUUUGCAACUGCAGAACCCGCUUCCACUACGACUGGCAGCUUCGAAAGGGAAGAUCCUAACCGUGGUAAUAUUGCACGAUCAGGUGAAUACACCAUCACGACGAUCAGUACCGUACCACUGACAACGGUAAGCCAGACGGAAGAAGCGUAUCCCUUUGCACCACAAAACCGUAAUCCGUUUGGCCGGAAGUUGGAUGAGGAGUACAACAGCGAGGAAGAGGAAGAUCACGAGCAAGGAGAGACAGCGGACAACAUUGACGACGGCGAGGAGGAGGAUGACUACUUUUCCCAAGGGCCUACAACGCAACGUUCCGUCUCCACCUUUACCACACCGAAGCAGGAAAACGCGGAGGACGAUAAAGAUGUCGAGUACGAAAAUUACGACGAUGAGUACGACGAUGAGGAGGAGGAAGGAGCGGUAGAAAUGACCACCGUUAGUACACUGCCCGAUCCGCGACUGCUGUCAACGACUACUACCACCGAGCAGGCGGUACCAUCGUCGACUGAGCCAAGCACCACACCAACAACGGUCACCUCAACCACCACAACGACUACCACAACGACCACCACAACUACUACCGAGGCACCAACUACGACGCCCACAACUACCACCACUACGACCACAACUGAGGCUCCGACUACGACCUCCACGAUGCUAACAACGGAACUGGACGAACCGACCAAUCUACCGCCUAUCAUCCGGAACCGUAUUCCGAAGCAAGCCAUCCCCGCCGGUAAGGUGUACCGCUACCAGGUCCCGCUGGAAACGUUCUACGACAACGAGGAUGGUAACAACCUACGGUUGGAGCUGUUGGAUGCUCGCGAUCAACCACUUAAACCUAGCUCUUGGAUUCAGUUCAACGAGGACACGAAAGAGAUCUAUGGCCUUCCCCUUGAGAAGGAUGUAUCCCGAUGGCCAUACAAACUGCGUGCUACCGAUUCGGGCAAUCUUACCGUUACGGAAAAGGUGGACAUUAUGGUACAGCAGCACAAAUCGCACCGCAGCCUAAACCACGAAAUCAGCCUUGCGCUACGCCUAAACCGCAAGUUUGCCAGCAACGUCGACUGGCACCUGGAGACGGCACGCGGUAUUGCGAACGUGCUCGGCGAUGUAACGCUUGCAAACAUCAUUGUACGUGACAUCCGUAACAGCAUACAGGAUCAAAGCUUGGCUACGUUUGUUUACACGAACGAAACGCUACCGAAGGAUCGUUGCCCGGAGGAGAAGCUGGAUGAGCUGGUGGCGCUACUCACCGAACAGGCACUCAACGAUGCACUCAAUCCGGACAUUACGGUCAAGUCGGUGCAGGGACAACAGAUUGCCCAAUGCACCAAGCCCACUAUACCGAAGGCAAAACCGACGCAAAGCAUCUCGCGCAACUUUGCACCCCAAACGCGCAAUCAGGUCGAUCAGGUGAAUGCGACCGUGGGACAUUUGCUCAUGUUCAAAGUGCCAGCGGACACUUUCUACGAUCCAGAAGAUGGUGGUGAUCUAAAGAUGAAGCUCCUAACGACGGAACGUCAAACGCUUGAUCCGUACCAUUGGCUGCAGUUUGAUUCGAAGAACCAGGAGUUCUAUGGUGUCCCGCGCACUAAUGACAUCGGUCGUAAGGAAUAUCUUUUGAUGGCCGAAGAUCGCGAAGGUUUGACAGCAACCGAUGCCCUGGUGGUCGUGGUCAAUCCACACCACAAGCGUGAUUACAGUGUCCUGUUUGAGCUAACGCUCGAUAUCACGCACGAACAGUUCGUUAUCGCUCAAGUCCAGCGUCGCUUUAUCGAACGGUUGGCGCAAGUGUUUGGGGACGCCUCCACGCACUACAUCAAGAUUCACCACAUCCGACCAAUCCAUCACACCGGCCAGGUGCAGGUUUCCUUCUUCAACACCACCCUCAACCGGCAGCAUCAGCGCUGUCCGCAGGAAGAGAUCGAAGCACUGCGCAAUAUCUUGCUGCACCAGGAUAGCACGAUCCGGGCGAAGGUGCGCGAAAUUCUUGGCCAAGAGUUUAGCCUCCAGAACGUUAGCCUCGUGCCGCUGGACAAUUGUCACGGGUUCGAUACACCGCACCACGCUACCAGUGAGCCGGAGAAGGCCGCCCCGAAACCGGUCUCGAAGGAUGACUAUCUGCUUACGUUUGUGCUGCCGUCGGUCAUUAUUAUGGUGAUGCUGCUGAUCGCAUCCAUCAUUGCCUGCAUCCUGUACAAACGUCGGCUAACGGGCAAAAUGGAACUUGAAUAUAUCAAUUUCAAACCUAUCGCCUCCUCCUCCUCGUCCAAUCCACAAGGUACCGAUGAAGAGCGGAAGUCGUUCCGUUCCAAGGGCAUCCCGGUAAUCUUCCAGGACGAGCUGGACGAGAAGCCGGAGAUUGGAAACAAAUCGCCGGUCAUACUGAAGGACGAAAAGCCUCCACUAUUGCCACCUUCGUACAGCAGUACCAACAAUGAUGGCGAAAACGAAGAUGUGGAUGAGUAUGUGCCACCCCAGCCGGUGAUUGUUGGUGGUCGCGAGUCACGUGGAAAGUCGCCCGUCACCCCGUCCUACCGACGACCACCGCCGUACGUGUCACCAUAGGCCAGGCGUCCACCGCGCAACGGUGACAGCAAUUAAUUUUGUGUUAGC